GUUAGGCCGUACUGUCCUGUGGGUGGUCAUCGGGGCGGCUGUGUAUCUCACUGUGUCUGCUUCUCUUUCUUCCCAGGGUAAAGUCGAGUAUCUGGUGAAGUGGAAAGGAUGGCCCCCAAAGUACAGCACGUGGGAGCCAGAGGAGCACAUCCUGGACCCCCGCCUGGUCAUGGCCUAUGAGGAGAAGGAGGAGAGAGACCGAGCGUCGGGGUAUAGGAAGAGAGGUCCGAAACCCAAGCGGCUUCUGCUGCAGGAGGCACCGGCACCAGACGUCCUGCAGGCAGCCAGCGAGUGGGAGCCUGCUGAGCAGCCCCCCGAAGAGGAGGUAGCAGAUGCAGACCUGGCCGAGGGACCCCCUCCCUGGACACCCGCGCUCCCCGCAAGUGAAGUGACAGUGACAGAUAUCACCGCCAACUCCAUCACCGUCACCUUCCGCGAGGCCCAGGCCGCUGAGGGCUUCUUCCGAGACCGAGACCGAGACCGAGACCCAGACCGAGACCGAGACCGAGACCGAGGCCACAGCGGGAAGUUCUGAGUCUCUGUUUUUACUUCUCUUAGACUGUUUUCUUUUGGGCUUGGGGUGGGGACUUCCAGAGGGGAGGAGGGGUCUAGGGAGGGUAAUUAUUUUAUUUAAAAAUACGAAACGGGAGGAGGGGGAA